AGACGCCGUGCUAGGAGAAGUCACAAGCUGAUCAGUAUCCAGACAUCAUCUUGUGGUUUAACAAAAAAUAAUACAAGAUGAAAACCGCCGUGUUCUUCGCAUUCGCACUCGCUUUCGCUGGUGUUCAAUCCUCUCCCCUGUUGGGUGGUUUGAUAGGCGGUAUAUCAAGUGGAGUUAGUGGAGUAUUAAAUAAUGCCGCUGAUGCAGUUGGCUCUGUUGGCAACGCUGUAGGAGGCGCUGUCGAUAAUGUUGGCUCCGCUGUAGGAGGUGCUCUCGGCAAUGUUGGCAACGCCGUAGGAGGCGCUGUCGAUAAUGUUGGCAACGCUGUAGGAGGCAUUCUCGGAAAUGUUGGCAAUGCUGUAGGAGGUGUUGUUGAUAAUGUUGGCAACACUGUUGGAAACGUUGUUGAUAAUGUUGGCAACGCUGUAGGAAACGUUGUUGAUAAUGUUGGCAACGCUGUAGGAAACGUUGUUGAUAAUGUUGGCAACACUGUAGGAAACGUUGUUGAUAAUGUUGGCAACGCUGUAGGAGAUGCUGCUAACAACGUCGGCAACACUGUAGAAAAUGUUGUUGAUAAUGUUGGCAACACUGUACAAGAUGUUGAAGAUAAUGUAGACGACACUGUAUGUGGCGUUGUUGAUAAUGUCGGCAACACUGUGGAAAAUGUUGUUGAUAACGUUGGCAACACUGUAGGAAAUGUUGGUAACACUGUAGGAGGCAUUCUCGGUAAUCUUGGCAGCGCUGUAGGAAACGUUGUUGAUAAUGUUGGCAACACCGUAGGAAAUGUUGUUGAUAAUGUUGGCAACACCGUAGGAAAUGUUGUUGAUAAUGUUGGCAACGUUGUAGGAAAUGUUGUUGAUAAUGUUGGCAGCGUUGUAGGAGGCGUUGCUAAUGGUGUUGGCAAUGUUGUCGGUGCUUUAAGCGAUAAAGCAAAAGAAGACAUCGAGAAACUGAAAAAUUCCAACAUCUUGGACGUUCAAGUUUUGCAAGACGGUAAACUGAUUUCUGUUGGCGUACUUGACGACACUCUUAAUCUGGAAAUCAGCAAAGACAAACCUCUCUCAGUUGGAGUCGGUAACUUGAUCAGCUUAGAUGUGACCAAACCCAAGCGAACCACCGCGUAAAUAAGGAGUAACAGCGACCUGAUCGGCAGCCCACGACGCGACUACUUGCUCCCGUCGUGGAUCUCAACUAAACAAUGGCAUUCUUUAAAACAUUUUCAAAUCUCUCAUCGCAGUCGCAACUAUGCCGCGUGGACAAUACAGACACUGUGUGCAACCGUCCAGUGUCCUCUGUAUAACUACUGCUCUAUGUCUUUGGGAUUACUAGUUCCUAGACUGCGCUUGGAUCUGGAUAUAUUUAUGUAUGUUUAAUAAAAAAUCAAAAUAA